AUGCACGCCACCAUGGUUCUCCGUAACGCUGCUCGCACCCCUCUCAUUCGUUUCCUCGGAAAGCGCUCUGUGCCUAAGUCCAUUGACCACACUCCUCGUGCUCACCCGGCUUCUCCUACUGGUGUCCUUCCUGAUUCCUUCGCCGCCUAUCGCUCCAAGGCUCAGCAGCACGGUCCCCUGGGUCGUGCCUCUUUCUCCCAGGGCAUCGGUCGCGCCUCGGGCGCUUCUCUGGGACCCAUCCAGCCCAAGCAGGGUGAAUUCUUUGACCGUACUGAGCUCCCCUCCCGUUUCCACCGCCUGCCCUGGACCGAGGCCGAGAUUGAGGCCAUUGAGACCGGUGGUGCCAGCCUUUUCGCCUAG